UCGUCAUUCAAGCCUUUUAUUGAAUAAGGGGUCCUUUUUAUGGACCGCUAAAAAAAUAAAAAACGAAAAAACUGAAAAAAUCGUGUUUUAUUUACAAACAUUCGUGAAUUGCUCCUCAGAACAAUUCGGCACUCUUAUAAACAAAUGGGCAAUUCUUUUCGGCGAUCACUUGGUAUGCAUUAUUCGUUCCUAUUUUAUUCCAUAUUGGGGUGCUUUUAUCGUUCCACACGUGAAUCAAGGUCGACCUUUUGGUUAAUUCCAGUGCCUUUGUCAAGUCAAUAGGUUCAAAGUACAUCAUAAAAUCCGACCGUGAAACUGGAUAAAAUGACUCUUUGGGUUGCAAUUUGAGUCCAUCACAUCGACCUCUUGUCCAUAAGGUGGACAUGUUUGUUGCUGAUAUUACAAUGGAACUACUUGAAGAUAUUUGCCAUCAAGUAUUGGAUUUAUAUCAACCGAAUCAAAAUAGUGUUGAGAGUCCACCACAACAGCCAGCGAGUAAAGCAAGUCCACUGACAACAAAACGCAUUCCAAGCUCACCAAUGAUUAAAAAAUCACCAAACACGGCUCCAGCACAGCCACCGCUACCAUCUUGUGUCAAACCGGCCAAUCCGGUUGUGGUGCCACCAGUACAAACGGUUGACAAUUCAUUGGAUAAUCAACCAAUUCCGAAAUUAAUCACAACGAACGAAAAUGCCCACUAUUCGUAUGCAUCAACGUAUGUUUAUUAUCAAGCAAAUUGACACGUUUUUCUAAAUUGAACUCUCGCAUUUUGUUUAGCUUUCUUUGCAUGCAAACCGAAUUUGGUGCGAUUAAUGUCCGGCCGUAUGGUUUUUUUGUUCACUUUUGUACUGUUUUCCUUCUUUGCGACGAUGUGUGUUUCGAUCAGCAAGUAAUAAACCUUUUUUGAGCAACCGGAGUAGCA